CUGUGGUGAAUCUGGGCAGUUAAUUGCUAAACAGUGAUUUGAAACUGAAUAAUUAUGGAAAAGACUAAAAUGCAACGCAAGUUUAACAAGAAUCUGCUGGCUGAGAAGGUAGAACAAAUGAUGGAAUGGAGUUCAAGACGCUCAGUCAUUCGGAUGAAUGGAGACAAAUUCCGAAGAUUUGUCAAGGCACCACCCCGCAAUUAUUCUGUGAUUGUGAUGUUCACCGCUCUUCAACCACAAAGACAGUGUUCUGUCUGUAGGCAGGCUAAUGACGAAUACCAGGUACUGGCUAACUCUUGGCGUUAUUCAUCCGCUUUCUCUAACAAACUCUUCUUCACUGCUGUGGACUAUGACGAGGGGGCAGACGUAUUUCAGCAGCUCAACAUGAAUUCAGCCCCAACUUUCAUGCAUUUUCCUCCUAAAGGCAAACCCAAGAGAGCUGACACAUUUGACCUGCAGAGAAUCGGAUUUGCAGCUGAACAGCUUGCUAAGUGGAUAGCUGACAGAACGGAUGUGCAUAUAAGAGUAUUCCGUCCACCCAAUUAUUCUGGUACUAUUGCCCUGGCUCUGCUUGUUUCUCUUGUUGGAGGGCUGUUGUAUCUCAGAAGGAACAACUUGGAAUUCAUCUACAAUAAGACUGGAUGGGCAAUGGCAGCUUUGUGUGUAGUAUUUGCUAUGACAUCUGGACAGAUGUGGAAUCAUAUUCGUGGCCCUCCAUAUGCACAUAAGAAUCCACAAAAUGGACAGGUGCAUCUGCAAGAAAAGUAA